AUGGAUAUUCAAAUUCCAGAUUCUGGAGUUGAGUCUCAUCAGGAGAGAAAAUUCGCUCUUCCUGUGGAUUCUGAAAACAAGGCCACUGAGUUCAAAUUACUCUCGGUGGGGAAACCCCACAUGCGAGCCUUCCAUCUUUCUUGGAUCUCCUUCUUUUCAUGCUUCGUCUCUAGUUUCGCUGCUCCUCCUCUUCUUCCCAUCAUCCGUGAUAACCUAAAUCUCACUGCCACAGACAUUGGAAAUGCUGGGAUUGCAUCAGUUUCUGGUGCAGUUUUCGCUCGAAUCGCAAUGGGCACUGUGUGCGACUUGUUUGGCCCUCGUCUUGCUUCUGCUUCUCUCAUUCUCAUCACAGCACCAGCAGUAUACUGCUCUUCCAUUAUCUCAUCAGCUUCCUCCUACCUUCUGGCUCGCUUUUUCACAGGCUUCUCUUUAGCCACCUUCGUCUCAACCCAGUUUUGGAUGAGUACCAUGUUUUCUUCAAGAGUCGUUGGUACAGCCAAUGGACUUGCAGCUGGAUGGGGAAACCUAGGAGGAGGGGCCGCACAACUUCUUAUGCCUAUUGUGUUUGGAAUCGUACGUGAUAUUGGUGCCGCGAAAUUCACAGCAUGGCGUAUAGCAUUCUUCAUUCCUGCCAUAUUUCAAAUGUCAACAGCAUUUGCAGUGCUGAUGUUUGGCCAGGAUUUGCCAGAAGGGAACUUCCAUACCUUGAAGAAAUCAGGAGAAAAGGCAAAAGAUGACUUUAAAAGAGUGUUGUUUUUCGGGAUUUCAAAUUACAGAGCGUGGGUUCUGGCAAUCAAUUAUGGAUAUUGCUUUGGGGCAGAGCUAGCAAUCAAUAACAUCAUAGCUGAAUACUUCUAUGACAGGUUCAAUCUGAAUCUGCAGGUAGCAGGAAUAAUUGCUGCAAGCUUUGGCUUAGCUAAUAUAUUUUCUCGACCUAUUGGAGGCUUCAUGUCAGAUCUAUUUGCCAAGAGGUAUGGAAUGAGAGGUAGGCUAUGGGGUUUAUGGCUGGUUCAAACCUUGCAAGGUGUGUUCUGUGUAAUCCUCGGAAGGGUGGCAUCUUUAUCAGUAUCCGUCAUUGUCAUGCUCAUAUUCUCUGUAUUUAUGCAAGCCGCCGAAGGGAUGACGUUUGGGGUGGUUCCUUUUGUCUCAAGAAGAUCACUGGGGGUCGUAUCUGGAAUGACAGGAGGUGGAGGUAAUGUGGGCGCAGUUAUAAUACAGUUAAUAUUCUUCACAGGAUCAAGAUAUUCAAAAGAAACUGGUAUUACCUUAAUGGGUAUAAUGAUCAUAGGCUGCACAGUGGUAGUAGGUUUGAUAUACUUCCCACAAUGGGGUGGCAUGUUUUGCGGCCCAAGGAAGCAUGCUACAGAAGAAGAUUAUUACAUGUCUGAGUGGAGCCCAGAGGAACAAGAGAAAGGGUCCCACCAUGGAAGCCUGAAGUUUGCAGAUAACAGCAAAAGUGAAAGAGGCUUGAGAUCUCGAUCUGCUGCAACCCAGCCUACGAAUGAGGCCUCCCCAACACAUGUUUGAAUAUAAUGUUUAAUUUCAGUGAUAGUAUUCUGGUUUUGUUAUGGAUAUAGGGAUGUAUCUAUGUAGUAGGAUUUCAAGCAUUGCAAUGGGUCACAGUCGUCGUUUAUGCAAUUUUUUGGAAGGCACUUUUACUUUAAUUUCCAUGG